CAGCGAUUCAUAGAAGUGCAGAUCUGUCGCCCCCCUUGUUUGAUUCUUCGCUCCCACGCCAUGGGCAAACAACAGAAAGGAAAGGGAGCGAAGAGGCGCGCUGCCAGCCCACCUGCCAAUGAUGACGAGGAGAAGGAGGAGGAGAAGGAGGAGAAGAAGAACAAGAUGGCAUCGCAGAAGGAUGAGGAUGUGCCGAUGACGGCACGCGAGGAACAUCAAAAACUCAAGAAGUGGACGUGGAGUCCAGAGAUCUACGACUACGAACGGCGGAGGAUGACCCCCGCGUUUGCGCAGAGGCAGGGGCCAUUGACGUGGAGGGGGGGGGAGUGGAUUGACUGCGCCUGCGGCCAGCCACCGCUGCAAGACGGGUGUGAAAGGCGGCAUCGGGCAGCUCAACGAUAGGCACCCCCCGCCGUUCGGCCCACCAAAGGUCCGCGAGUUGAAUGCCCACAAGACAUGGCGGCUGAAGAGAGAAGGUAUGCGGCCACUGAGCAGCACGUGGGUUGGGCGUCUGCACGUUCUUUCUCCCUGUGUGUUACCCUUCUCAGGCUCGACAGGAGCGUCAGCAGAGGCGGGACGGGGGCGAGGACGUGCCAUCCCCCAGCCGUGCGGACGAGAGGGCGAGGAUCGAAGAGGAGAUCCGCUCCGAGCGUCCCCCACCCAAGCCCGCACCAGCUGCCUGUCAGCUCGACCCCCCCAAAAGCACCAGCUGGGGGAGUGCUCUAGGCUACCUUUUUUCCGUGUGUUCGCCCGAUCGGUUCUUCCGGGGUUGCCAAUCGACCGAUAAAAAACGACCGAAAAAAAGGGUUACACAAACACGGAAAAGACGCCAGAAAAGCGCAUGCAGCCCCCACCCCAGUGUGAAGGAGGAGCAGCGUCGGAGGUCUCAUAAAGGCCCCUCACGCACAACGGCGAACAGAGCUCGGGUGAGAAACACACAGCAUGACGAUACAAAGCAGACUUACCUCGUCAUUCUUGUCAUGUAUGUGUGCCAGAUCAAUAGCUAGAGAGUUUUGGAGGUGAGAGGACAGUCAGCCUCUUGAGUAGCCAGAGCAGCGUCAGGUGAGAGGAUGAUCACCCAGGUAUUGCCUGUGAUCGUUACGAUAUUACUGUUUUCUGUCAGCUGUGAGUCUGCUCACAGCAGUAAACUGCUUGGAUGGCGUAGGUUUCGUACGGUGGGUCGGUCGGUCACUGCCCAAGGUGCGAGACGGUGUGUUUCAUGGCCAAUCGGCGUACAUAUGAGACAGACGUUCCAAGAAACAUUCACGGCCGAACAGAGAACGACAGAGGACCCAGACGGGCAUGUAGAAGAGAACACAGGCAACACCAUGACAAAC